AUGCCGGAUUACGCUAACGACCCGGCAAUUAAGAAUCUCCAAGCUUACCUCAGAAUAAAGACGGUUCAUCCCAACAUUAACUACGAUGAGUGCAUCGCCUAUCUGAAACGCCAGGCUUCUGAAUUAGGUCUGCCAGUUGUGGUCUACGAGGUGACACCUAAGAAGCCUGUACUUAUUAUGACCUGGGAAGGGCUUGAACCUAACCUGCCGAGUAUCCUUCUUAAUUCGCAUAUGGAUGUUGUGCCUGUUUUUGAGAAAAGUUGGAAGUACCCUCCGUUUGAAGCGCGUAUCGUCGAUGACGUCAUCUACGCGAGAGGCGUGCAGGACAUGAAGUCAGUCGGCAUCCAGUACAUCGAAGCGAUUAGACGUCUUAAGAACAAGGGUACAAGGCUAAAGCGAACUGUACACUUAAGUUUUGUUCCUGACGAAGAAGUUGGUGGAAGAGUGGGAUUGGGAGAAUUUGUGAAAACGGAAGAUUUUAAGAAGUUAAAAGUCGGUUUUGCGCUGGAUGAAGGACUGGCUUGCUCUGAGGACUACCUCGUAGUCUACAACGGAGAAAGAAGUAUAUGGCAUGUGAACAUAAUAUGUCCGGGUAAGUCCGGUCACGGCUCGCUUCUGCUUCCGGACAACUGCGGCGAAAAGAUAAGAUACAUAAUAGACAAGUUUAUGGACCUCCGUCAAGAAUCAAAGAAGAAACUAGAAAGCAAUCCGGAACUGACCAUUGGUGAUGUCACAUCCGUCAAUUUGACCAUGCUUAGUGGUGGCAUCCAGAACAAUGUGAUUCCAGAGAAAUUUGUCGCUAGUUUCGAUCUGCGUUUAGCUCUAUCGGUCAACCUCGAAGAAUUCGAAAAUACGAUAAAACAAUGGUGUAAGGAAGCGGGAGACGGCGUGACAUAUGAAUUCGAUCAAAAGGACGAAUAUGUCCCGCCGACUAGCGUGGACGAUACCAACGUGUACUGGACCGCUUUCAAAUCUGCCAUGGAUCAAAUCAACAUCGGUGUGAAAGUCCGUACAUUCCCCGGCGGUACGGACUCUCGCUACGCGCGGAUGCAGGGUAUCCCCGCGUUAGGCGUGUCACCGCUACGGCGCGUGCAGUCCGCUAUUCACGAGCACAAUGAGAGCCUACCUGCUUCUGUGUUCUUGGAGGGAAUCACCGUUUACGAGGCUGUGUUACCUGCUAUCGCUAAUGUUUGAUUGAUUUUUGUGUAAUAUUAUACAUUUAUUACAA